GAUGAGGAUGAUAGUGCGCGCGCUCUGGAGCGGAAUUCCAAACUGCGCCAUGUGUAGGCAGCGAUGGGGGAUAUUCGUGGAUUUGUAUUAAAUCCUAAUGACAGCAGGCCAGGGGAUUAUUUUCCUCUUAAGAGUGCUGUGGGGCUUUACUCCAUGGCAUGUAAAUGAGAUGGACAGCAGCAAGAUCAGAGUGAGGAACAAAGACAUGUCACAAGAGAAAACUGGCUACCCUAUAAUAGGGGAGAACAAACCUCUUCAAAAUAAUGUUUACGGGACACCCCAGCCUGAUGCAUUUGGGAUGCCUCCACCAAACUACAGCCAGGCUCCUGGAGGACUCUCUUACCCAGCACCAGGACCCUAUGGACAGCCAGGUAUUCCCCAAGGAGCACCAGGGUUUGCUCCAGGACCAUACCCUCAGAUGCCCUUCCCACAAAUGCCAUGCCCUCAAGGCCCAUAUCCACAGGGGCCAUAUCCUCAGGGCCCAUAUGCUCAGGGCCCCUACCAUGGAACAGGGCAGCCUGGUUUUGAUGGAGAGCCCAAUGCUGCGAUUGGCAGUCCGGGGUAUCACAGUGGAGACGGGCCUCCUUCAUACUAUGACAAUGAGGAGUUUGCUAACUCAGGCUGGGAGGACAAAACUGUUCGCCAAGCCUUCAUCAGGAAGGUGUUCAUGGUUUUAACCAUACAGCUGACGGUGACAUUCUCCUUCGUUGCCAUCUUCACCUUCUCAGAGGACGUGAAGCUCUUUGUUCAGCAAAAUCGGUGGACAUACUAUGUGUCCUAUGCAGUCUUCUUUGUGUCUCUCAUUCUGCUCAGCUGCUGUGGAGAAUUCCGACGCAAACACCCAUGGAAUCUUGUGGCUUUGUCUAUUCUAACUCUCAGCCUGUCCUAUAUGGUGGGAAUGAUCGCCAGCUUUUAUGACACAGACACAGUCAUCAUGGCAGUAGGCAUCACAGUAGUAGUGUGCUUCACCGUGGUGCUGUUCUCUCUUCAGAGCAAGUACGAUUUUACUUCCUGCCGGGGCGUGCUAUUUGUUUGCCUCAUCGUGCUCCUCCUUUUCUCGAUCCUCUGCAUCUUUAUCCGUAACAAGAUACUGCACAUUGUCUACGCCUCCCUGGGGGCUCUGCUAUUCACCUGCUUCCUGGCUGUAGACACUCAGCUUCUCCUAGGCAACAAGAAGAUGGCACUGAGCCCAGAAGAGUACAUCUUUGCUGCUCUCAACCUCUACACUGAUAUCAUCAACAUCUUUAUCUAUCUCCUGGCCAUCGUGGGCCGCUCCCGGGAAUGAGCAAAAAUACAUCAGUAAAAAAAAUUAUUAAGAUAACCACCACACACACGGUGAUUACAUUGCACUCGUUCUCAUUUUGUCUCUCAGUGUGUGUAAACCCUUUCUUCCAUUAUACACUUGGGUGUAGCAGAUAUGCAGGGUGGUCAGACCAAAAGCUCUAUGCAUCCAGCAGGCCUGGCAUGGAUCACAGCAAAAGGAAGAGCAUAUUUAUAAAAGUUAUUUAUUUAAAAAUCCACCACAUCGUCUGCUUGCUUGGCCCCGAAAUGGCUUUUGCGCAUUUGGAAAAGAGAUGCAACGUAGUAUGACUCAUAAACAGCAUGAGCAGACAUCGCUCCUCCCCUGACUCCGGCAAGCUUGGCACUCUGCCUGAUAAUGCUAACACUGCAUUAACAGAGAGAAAGAAAGGCAGGAAGUUGGCAGAGGGAGCAUUGCUAUAUUUUGUAGACAAACAAAUAAUCAAAAUGGAAAGCUAAAUCAGUCAUCAUCUUUCACUUCCUGUUCACUCUGACCAGUCAAUGUGCUGGUAAAGUCUGCAUGGUAAAACAAACCAGCGAAGAAAGACAAACCCACACAUCAGUCCCCUAAUAGCUGCUCAUUAUAUAGCUAUAAAUCUGAAGUUUUUCCACUCAACUUAGAGCAUGUCCAUAUAAAUGGCUGUUCUGCAGCACAGAGAAACAUCACCUUUUAGGAGGCACAAACUUAUUAAACACUCUGGAACAUCACUUAUUACUAACCGCAUUCUAACACAUCUGUACAUAUAUUUAUACAUAAUGAUUUAUAUGAUUAAUAUUUAUUUAUUUUUAUUCAUUUAUUUUCAAAAUAAAUGACAGUUUAGAUGUGAUGUUUGUAUCAUUUGAAAGUGUGCACACUGAAAGUGCUGUUAGCAUCAUAAGAUCGUGAUUUAUUCCUCUUUUUCCUCAUUUAAUUUUUUGUUGUGAUCUGAAAUUUAUUAUCUAUUUAAACAUUUGUGUUUCUUUAUUUUAACUAGCAUAAAACGCUUGCAUGCUAAAAUUUCCACAUUUUUUCUUUGGGAAGCGUGAGGGUAAAUUCGCAGCAUUUUUCUUUUUUUUGUGUUUUUUUUUAUAAAUUGUUUAUUACAGGAUACUGUAGACUACAGGACUGUAGAUGGUGUGCUUGCUUGCUUCUCUAAUAGGGCUCUAGUUGUGCAAUGUUUUUUACCACAGGCCAGCAUAUUGUGAGACAUUUAGGAUCAUUUCCAGCUAAUCCAUCCUGUCAUGGAUGACCAAGGGCAAAACACGGUCCCAGUUUAGUACUUACUGUUGACAGGUUGAUCAGUGUAAUGCAGUUGAUUUAACAUUAGAGCCGCUCAGUUGUGUUGUCCACCGCAUAUAAAGGAGUACAAUCUUUUAGUGGAAAACUGCAAAAUGUCAUCAAAUUGUGUAAACUACAACUAACUUUAGGACAAGAUCUUAAAAAAAUAAUAAAAUCUGUAAACAUGUACACAGAUGAGUAAUUUCCUAAUAUGCUCAUUUAAUUCGUGGCUUGAAUGUGAUUGAAUAAAAUGUCCUCUAUCUUGUCUCAUAUUAAAUGUAAUAGUUGCACGCGCCUUCCCUAGUUUGCAUGUAGACACCUCGCACCCUGGACUAGUAAAAGAUGUUUGGAGAAAAUAUUCAAAUAUCAAUUUUAAUGUACUGCAGCCCUGUUUUCUCAUUCGAUGAACAGUUUUGUGUUUGUAACUGACUCAUGUUUAAGUGUACUUGGCUUUGUAGUUCUCUUUUCACUCUACGUUUGCAUUAAACUGAAGUUGGACUGUA